CGUGUCGCUUCCGGGUGGUGCUGAAGCAGCAGCGAGCCGACGUUACCUCAACGCUGUAAACAAAGUUAGUCAACGGUUUAACUUCAACGACACAUUCAGCGAAAAGACAUGCAUAUCAAAACAGGUACAUGGGAAGCCAGCAACACUGUGUGUGAGUCAGAUACCCUGUGUGACCCAGCAGUCCUCGUUUCAGCCACUAACUCUGAGCCUCAUAUUCGUAACCGCCGUCUGUCUCCUGGAUCAGGAAACUGUGGAGGUGGUGGGGGUGGAGGCUGCAUUUCUGGAAGUGACCAGCAGCCCCAGCAGCUUUCACCUGAGGGCGACCUCAUCGGCCCCGGCCACGCACACACCUUCAGCUUCCGCAGGGAAAAAGAACGCAAGGGCCAGCAGCACAAAGGCCGUAGCCUCCGCAGGGAAAGUCAAAAGGGGGUGACCCGAGUAGGGGAGCGACCACAAAAGGGGAACCAAAAGGAGAGGUGGGUGGAGGACAGUCUGUCGCUGCUCAAGCCCCCACCUGCCUUCCCAGUGCAGGACAGCCCCGCCAAGCUGCAGCCCGCCGUUAGCUACGCCUCCAAGGUGAAGGCGGGAGCCGCAAGCGGAGCGCUGGAGGAGGACCGCCCUGCCAUCGGUGUUCUGCUACAGAACCAGUGGGGUCUAAGUUUCAUCAGCGAGGCGAGGCCGGUCACGGAGGGCUCCAGCCCUCGCCCUGCUGCUAACGCCCUCCUGCCCACAGACGCUAAACAUCCAGCUGAUCUACAGCUCGACACAGUUCUCACAGUCCAGGCCCCCGAAGAAACGCCCAUCCCAGUCGCUGCCUCCGUCACCCCAGUCACACGUGCAGAGGUGGACGAGAGCAACGGGAAGCUGCUGCUUAGCUGUCGCCAUUUAGUGGAGGCUCUGAGCUAUCACAGUAGAGAAUGGAAUUUUAUUUGCAACAAACAGAAAAAAGAUCCAAAAAGGGUUGUCUGGUACAAGGACGCCCAGGAGCAGCCGGCCUAGCAGUGUGACGAACCCAAAGCAUCCACACGAAUACACCACACCAACAUGCACAUGAAAACACAGAAAAGAUGGACAAAUUUUGGAGUCCCGCUCACACACUGCACUCAGGAUGAUGUCUUCACGCAAAGCCACACUGAGACACUUUGGACUAACUCCUUUGAGAUCUUACAGCAAUGGACUUUUUUAACGCCUUACAGAAAGCCUGCCUUAAUUAAUCAGACCUCUUUUCAUCGCCUCUCAUUACCAUUUUUAGCUUGUAUGUGUAGAACUGAUCUUUUUUUUUUCUUCUUCCUUUUUUUUUUUUUAAAAACAAUCUCUGAGGAGCUGUAAUUUAAUUUGUUCCCUUUUGAAAAGCUGCGGUUUUAUCAAACUUCUUGUCCUCUGUAAAGCGAGUGGUCAAUCAAGCACUUUGUUAAGAAAAUUUGUUGUGACCAAUCCGUGUGUGCGAGAAGCCCUCCGCAGAGUGAUUUAUUUCCCCCCCUUCCCCCCAAACCCGUCUCCAUUCUAAACCAGGAGAAUGUCUUGUUCCUGCUUGAGUUUUAUCGUUAAUGUAUGCAGAGGACUUCUGUAUCCGUGUCUUCAGUUUACAGAAGGGUGUAGUCAAAGGCACAGUAGAGUUCACCCUUUACCACGUCAGAUCUUAAUGCUGUGUUCCUUUUUCUUUGUUUUUAUUUGGUCCCUAAUCGGGCGAAUGUUACUCAUGAAUCCAUAAGGGAUGUCACCAUGUUCAGUAUGUUGAUUUUUGAAAAGAAUUUAUUGAAUUAAAAGAAUUACACUGGAGAAGGAGGAGGAAUGUAAGAGAACAGUAUUGCUUAAUAAAAAUGAAUAAACUUGA